AUGCGUAUCCUCCACCUCGCCCCACGCCCCAGUCUGCCACGUAACCUCCAAACUCAAAGCCGUAGCAGCCUCCUCGACGCCAAACUUCCCGCCCUUCCCACUCUUAUCGCGAUACUCCCCAACAGGACCCUCACUCCACUCCACGACCAACCUUGCCGCCCCCAAAAGACUCUUCCCCGCCAACACGGCCCUCUCCAACCCCGUAAGCUCCCACGCGUCAAGCCCCAUAACCCACCCCUGCACAACCUCCCUCACACCCUCCGAUUGCCUCUGCGGCACGAUACUAUGCCCGUCCAGCACCGGCUGAAUCUCGAUCCCGGGCCAAACCCGCCCCGUCAUGGCGCCCACCACGGCGUCCGCCGUCCUCUUCUGCACGUCGCGCAGCGAUUCGCCGGCGUCGUUGCGCGUGUCCGUCGCGCCCGCGGGCGGCGCCCAGCAGAGCAUCGCGUCCGUGUCGAGGUACCGCAUCAGCGUGUUGGCCACGUGCUCCCGGAUCGCGCCGUCGUUGGCGGCGUCGUCGGCGGCGAUGUCGAUGGCGCGGCAGAUGAGCGACGUCAGGGGGAUCAGGUGCUGCUUGGUCGCCUGUUCGGCCGAGGUGAUGAGAUCCCAUUCGAUGGCGAGCGCCGAGGCGAGGUGCUGCUUCGAGGGCGGGAGGCGGAUGAUUUCCUUGGUGUUGGGCCAAUCUCUCCCAGACAUCCCAUCGCAAAGAGCGAGCUGGAAUAA